AAUGCAACGAUAUUAUUUUAGGUAGUCCCCCUCCAAAUAAACUCCAAGAUGUUGUUAGUAUCCGCCGAGACGCUGGUGGCAGCGGUCUUUGUGGUCGACGCGGCCGACGAAGCGAUGUUUUUGAGCUCGUUUAAUGCGUUCGAAGAAGAUUUCGGCUUCUCUCCCAUGAGAUUAGGCAUACUGGCCAUGUGCCAACAAUUAUCCAAAGCUGUUUCUGGGCAUGUGUGGGCCGCUCUAUUACCGUACUUUGGGUGUCGUGAUCUUCUCUUGUCGGCGUGCUUUUUCUGGAGUAUAACGACCGCGGUAACGCCGUC